UUUAGAACCACAAUUAAUUUAAAUGGUAUAAUAUAAGCUAUCCAUUUUCUCAACUUUCUUUUUCGGAGCAAUUUUUAUGUUAACUUGUAAGAAAGUUUCUUCAUUUUGCUAUUAAAUAUUCAAAUAUAAUGAGUAAGCCUGUAUCUGACGAAGAAAAGUAUAAAACACAUACUCGGAUUGUAAUUAGAGACAUACUGUGGGGCCAAAAGUAUGACUAUAACAAGUUAUCUGACUGGACGACUCAAGUGAUUCAGAAAGUUUUGUAUUUUCUUGAAAGCCAGGCUGCACCUAACAAGUACAUUGUAACUUGCGUUAUUUUACAAAAGACAGGAUCCGGAUAUAACUGCUCUAGCUCAUGUCACUUUGAUGAUACUACGGAUGUGUCGUGCUACAUACGGUGGGAAAAUGACUCCAUGGUAUGUAUAGUCAAUAUCUAUGUGAUGAAUAUUCUUUAUGGAAGCCCAAGUGUUUCAAUCACGUGAAUAAAAUCUUUCUCUUUCAUUAGUUUUACAUUUUUUAAUAAAUUGCAAUUUUAAAUUUCUUGAAUAUUUACUUUUGUUAAAAUUGCAGACACUGUUAUUCAUUUUAUAUUGUUCAAUAAAU